GUUUGAUUAUGGCCACCCAAGUGAGUCCCACUUGGCUGUUGGUCUUUGGAGCAUGUCUUUCUUGCUCAUUUGUAUGUGGCAAAAACCAAGAAAAGCACUCUUUCUCAGCUUAUUUUAAAGUCCAUGAAAAUACAAGGAAACUUGGAGAAAUUCUGGAAACUAAGCCCGAAGAAACUUCUAUUAUUUGCGCUCUACUUUGUCUGAAAAAUCCGAAAUGUAAUUCGAUGAAUUUCUAUGAUUUUGGCGAAUGCGAAUUGCUUCGGGAACAAAUGGAAAGUGGAAAUGAACUUGAAGAGAGGCAUGGCGUUAAUUAUGGAGAAAUUAGCACUGACUGCCGACUAAGCCCAUGUAGUAAUGGCGGGUCAUGUUUGCCGGGGAAAUGGCAAUACUUCUGCGCAUGUCCAGUACAGUGGAAAGGCGUGGCCUGUGAGCAACUAAAAGACGUCGUAUCAUUUGAGUUCACUACACUGGGGGCUUCCGGGCGAAUUGGGCCCACGGACACAUCCGCCUACCAAGCCACCACCCUAAGCGAUUCCGUACAUUUAGAAAACGGCAUCCAAAUAUGGACAGUGCCGAUAACCGGGAUAUACCAUGUGUUUGUUACUGGGGCUGCAGGGGCUGAUGGGAUCAGUGUAGGAGGUGGUAAGGGCGCACAGGUCAACGGGACCAUUUGGUUCAGCCAAGGCGUAACUUUAAGGGUACUAGUGGGGCAAAAAGGUAGCACCCAACCGCGAUUCUACGGGGGUGGGGGCGGGGGGUCGUUCGUUGUGUUCCACGAGAAUGGGAGUUUGAUAGCUGCCGCUGGGGGAGGAGGUGGGGCAGGACGUAUUCCUGGUGAUGACGGACAGGCUCGUUUAUGUGGGAGUCUUCAAAGCAAUUGCCAUGGAAACGGAGGAAAAAUCUGCGCCGUGGGUUUUACGACUACGAACGGGGGAGGUGGUGGGUUCUAUAGUAAUGGAUCGUGCGCUGGCAUUUCCUCGUGUUCGAGUAAACCCUGCCAGGGUGGGAAAGGGGGCAAGGGCUUUGUUUAUGGAGGAGAGGGUGGGGAGGACAAAAAUGGUAGAUGUGACGGGGGGUUCGGGGGAGGAGGAGAUUGUGAACGAUCCCCAGGGGGUGGGGGAGGGUACUCAGGGGGAGGGACUUACGCUAACUUUUCUAUGAGCCAAGCUGGUGGGGGAGGAUCUUUUCGACCGACAGAGUGGGACUGGGUUAGUGGUGCAAACACAGGGGACGGGAGGGUGGUGUUUAAACUAUACAAUCCCCAAUAA